GACUCGAGGUCCUCGGACACGGCGCUCCCAUCCCCACACAACCCACUCCCUCCGCUCCGCCUGCUCACGAGUACCAAACCAUCGAGCACGCGAAAAGGAGGAAACGCAUGCGAGGUGGAGGAGAAAAGAAAGGAAAAAGGAAGAAACCUUCGCCUAGCUCAGCUCCCGAUUUGAGCAAGAAAGGGUCUGAGGGAGAGAAGGGGCGAGGGGAGAGGGGAGAGAUGGGAGGGGUGACGUCGAGCGUGGCGGCGAAGAUGGCCUUCUUCCCGCCGACCCCGCCGUCGUACGCGCUGGUGGAGGACGCCGCCGCGGGGGUUACCACGCUCAGCGGACAGCCGCACAGGGAGAACGUCGAGGUGCUGCGCCUCCGCACACGAAAGGGCAACACCCUGGCAGCGCUGUACGUGCGCCACCCGGAGGCGGCGUCCACCGUGCUCUACUCCCACGGCAACGCCGCCGACCUGGGCUACCUUUACCAGCUCUUCUUGCACCUCUCCUUCAACCUCCGCGUCAACGUCCUCGGGUAUGACUAUUCAGGAUAUGGGCAAUCAUCAGGAAAGCCGAGUGAACAAAAUACUUAUGCUGAUAUAGAGGCCGCUUACAAGUGUCUCAUAGAGAACUUUGGUGCCAAGGAAGAAGAAAUAAUUCUUUACGGACAAUCUGUUGGGAGUGGGCCUACAGUAGAUUUGGCCAGUCGAUUGCCUCGGCUGAGAGCUGUUGUCCUGCAUAGUCCUAUAUUGUCAGGAUUGAGGGUUAUGUAUCCUGUGAAACGUACAUAUUGGUUUGACAUAUACAAGAAUAUUGAUAAAAUCCCUCAAGUCACCUGUCCUGUGCUCAUUAUACAUGGAACUUUUGAUGAAGUGGUGGACUGGUCUCAUGGUAAGCAACUAUGGGAACUUUGCAAAGAGAAAUAUGAGCCUUUAUGGAUCAGGGGAGGGAAGCAUUGUGAUUUGGAGCUCUUCCCAGAAUACCUUAGACACCUCAAGAAAUUUGUUCACACAGUAGAGAAGUCGCCAUCCCAUAGGCAAGCCUGGAGGGGAAGUGUGGGCCAGAUUGAACCAUCACGGAAGAGCACUGAUUUUUUUGAGCCCUCGCGGAAGAGCACUGAUUUUUUUGAGCCCUCGCGAAAGAGCACAGACCGAGGGGAGAAAUCAAAGUCAACCCGAGACAGGAUGAGAACUACUGAGCAUAGAUAUAGCAACGUUGAGAAGAUGGACAAACUAAAGAUCUCAUUUGAUCAGUUCGAGAAAUCCAGGAGAAGUGUUGACAUCUUUGAGAGGCCGAAGAGGAACAUCGAACAGCUGGACUGUGGCCGGAAGAGCAUGGACAGAUUGGACAGGAUUUGGGCUGGUUAAAACCUUUUUUUAACAUCUUAUACAAGUUAUACAUGGGGGUUGAUUGUUUUGGGAAUUUUACUCUGUAUUUAUCUGUACUCACCCAUGUGCUGCAAGGUGUGGCAUAAGAAUCUGUUCGCUGAAACAAAGAAAGGAGUCUAGCCGCUGACAAGGUUUUCUCUGUAAAAUUUGUGAUGGUUUAUGUGGUGGAAGGAUUGUAUGUUGGCCAAAUGUUUGCUCCAUUAGGGGUAUCAAACUGAAUGAUAUUUGAGACUAGUACAUGUCA